AUGGACCCUUCAUCGCCGGCCAAGAGACGCGCCCUCGCGCCUCUGGACGCGAACGUGAACGCGAUGUCGCCCACCAAAUUGCAUAAGCACAGCAGGGUCCCCGGGUCGCCUCUCAAGAGUCCCAUCAAGACGCCAUUGGGUCUCAAGAGACCCCUUGCUGCCGUCGUGUUUGACGAGAACGCCGUCGCCAAGAAGAAGCAGUGCCAGGAGCCUGCCAUCACCGUCGCUGCACCCGCUUCCGUGUCUGCCAUUCCUCCUACUCCUACGCCUUCGACGCCUGUUCCUGCAGUGGUGUCCAAAGGUACAAUCGCGUCUACGUCCACGUCCACGUCCGCACCCUCUCCCGCCGCGUCCGCACAAACCGAGAUCGACACGGAACCCGACGCGCAGGAGGGUCAGAGCGCGCAACGGCAACAACAACGCGAAGAGCAGAAACUGGUCGGCGAACAACAAGAACAACGACAGCCCGAAAAGAUGCAGGUCACCGGCGAGCAACAUCAGCAACGGCAGACGUUGAGGAAUCGCUCCGCAUCCCCCGACACGUCGUCGUCCGUCUUCGAUAAUUCCGCUAUGGACACGUCGCAGGAGAACACGACCAUGCUCACGGAGCCCGAUGCUGAGCAAACUGUCAGGGCCUUGCCCCUGCCGACGUCAAGGAGGUUGUUAACACGCGAGGAGGCGCGACAGAAGGCUCGGAUCCUCAAGCUGAAGCUCGGCCUCGCAAACUACAAACUUCGGACAGGUCAGGAGAACGUGCCCCUCGACAGAUUGGAGGUGAAGCCGCGCCCAGGGCAACAGCAGGAGAUGACCCGUGAUAGGGCGUUGCCGAGGGUCAUGGUGCAACCGCCAUCCAGCCGCGAUGGGCCUCCAGGGAAAGACACCGAGGAAACGAGGAACACCGAGCAUCGUGAGAGGGGGCCGGAACCUCUGGCCGGGGCGGACAAGGCAGCGGAGCAGACCGAGUCUGGGGGGACGGUGCUGCCGCGUCUGAUGACGACCGGGACGAGAGCUGCCGAGCAGGUCGAGGGCGAGCCGACGAGUGCUGUUAGCGGUGGUAUCGCGACCAGUCUCCUUAGUUUGGCAAGGGGUUCGUCUUCGUCGUCGUCAUGA